AUGGUAGCGCAUCACUCCGAGUAUCCCUCAUGGCAGGCCUUCGCUGCCUCACCUCCCUCGUCGCCGAACUACCCGGCGUUCCAUUCCGCCCCUGCGGCGGAGCCAAUGGUAGACCCACUGCUGGAGGUGCUUCCGUCGCCAGCGCUCCCACCCCUGCUAUGGGACGUCAUGGUGCAUCCCGACAGCAUCAAGCUCGGGAGCGCGCACUCGCCCACCUCCCGGUGGCUCGCACACGCGGACCUUGGUCGCUGCGCCGCUCGGACCAGCGUGAAGAGUAGCAGACUGCCUCUGCGGAAAAUGGUCCUCAUUUUCCCCGGCAUCCCCCUCGAGAUCGAGGUGACGCCGUCAGCCGAGGCGUUCUGGUCCAGUCAGCCACUUCCAUAUGUGGCCGUGGGAGAUAUGCUCUACGGCCUCUACCGGGCGUUGCGCACUUCCAUCGCGCACAACGAGCUCGAGCGCCUCGACCCGGCGUGGCGCGAGUCACUACGCGUGGCAUUCGACAAACGACUCCGGCGCGAUACCCAGCAUCAUACGCAGAAUUUAGAGCACGGCAUCAGGCGAAUCGACUACCUGGGAGAACGGCGCUGCUUCUUAGGCAUUCGGCCAGCCACUAGGCGCGAGCUGCCCUCUGGACGCAGGCCCGAAGAAACCUUCGUCGUCGAGCUUGGGCGUGCUUCAUGA